AUGUUUUCGCUGGAACUGCGCAUCAGCGACGAGCUGGUCGGGCGCGUGGCGGUCGACGUACGCACCGAUGGCCUCGUCUUCCAGCACAAGCGCAAGUCGAUGCGCCUUCCCAUCGAGAGCAUGGUCUCGUUGAUGCGCGACGGCGACGCCCUGGUCAUUGCGACCACGCUCGCCCAGCGCGACCCGCUCCUCUUCCACUGCAGCGAGAUUCUCGCGCACGAAAAGUUCUUUUUGACGCUACAGACGCAGCUGCCAGCGAUUCCGUUUGAGCGCCGCCGGGCCAGCACGGCGCUGGAGCGGCGGUUGGCCAAGAAGCGAGCGCCCACGGACGCCUCGUCGUUCUACGGCCCGACGCAGGCGCCGCUUACCGCACAGCUCGGCGAUGCGUUUGGGCGAGAGCUCGAGUACCGGAUCGAGCACUCGAUGCAGUGCCAGAUCGACGGCAUCGCGCGACCCUACAUGGCGUUCGCCUUGCAGCAGCCCGCGAUGGCGUUUCUCGCCGCCUGCCGAGCCACGCACCCGACCACGACCGCGCGGCUGUACUCGUACGAGACGCCGGGAAGCCGCCGGUUCCUCGUCGCCGACGCCGCACUCUUCUGCGAGAAGUACCUCGCGACAGCGCCGCACCACCGACACGUGUACGAGAUCAUCCAAGAAAACCACCCGUGUCGUCUCUACUUUGACCUUGAAUUCACAAAGGCGUACAACCCGACUGUGACGGCGCCGGACGCGCUCCUCGACUCGUUGUUUCGUCUGCUCGCACUUGCCUUCUACCGAGACUAUGGUCUGCGGCUCGAGCGCGAUGCGAUCGUCGACCUCGCGUCGUCGUCGGCCGCCAAAUUCAGUCGCCACUGGGUCGUCGCACCCAAAGACAAUUCGGGCCAAAGCGUGCUCUUCCAAAACAAUAUUCAUGCGGGCCACUUUAUCAAGCGUAUGCUCGAAACGUACCUCUCGGACGAGUCGCACCCGUUCUACGUGCUGAAGAAGGACGGCACCAAACAACUUUUCAUCGACACGGGUGUCUACACACGGAACCGAGCGUUCCGGCUCUGGCUCUCGUCCAAGUAUGGCUCGGACCGCGUGCUCACGCGAUGCGAAGAGGCCGGCGAGGUACCGGACGCGGCUUUUCUCGAGGCCUCGUACAUUUGCCCGACAUCGGCCAUCGGCGCGCGCCUGCUCCAGUGCGAUCCGCCGACGACGAGCCGCCACACCGGCCGAGGCAGCGUCGCGCGGGCGAAAAGCUCGGCGCCGACCGAGUACAAGUACGGGCCGUCGCCGUGGCCUGCCCUCGACGCGUUCGUCCGAGGCCAAGCCAUUGCCGGCGGCGUCCAAGGCGAAAUUCGGUCCUGGCAAAUGCACAUCGACUAUCCCCAGCGCAUCACCUACCACAUGGACCGGAACCGCUCGGCGCCGACGAUCGGGAUGCGGGAUACAAACGACGAGACCGGACCGAGCUAA